AUGAGUCCACGGAGGCAGACUGAAGAAUCCCGGCCCAACUCCGAAGAUGGGUCAGCAGGGAGGCGAUCCAGCUGGGAGGAACAACCCGACCCAACUCGGCAACAAAAGCCAAGCCCGAAGACAAAGGAGAGGCCCAGAGAUGGAGAUGGGUCCAGUUCUGCCCAACAGGCUUUGGAAAAAGAUCAGGCGAUAGGGGGGCGAAUUUUUGGGGAAAAAGUGAGUGUUAAUUUGGAGACACUUGAAGAAGAUAAAAGUAAUGAGAUGGUUUUGCGGCGAUCUGAACGAGUUUCUAGUCAUCCUAAACACUUCAAGGACUACAUUGUUCAUACUGCUCGUCAUAAGACUCCCUUCCCUAACUCACCUACUUCCUCGGACUCCUCAGAUGCAUAUGAUUCCCUUUUUACCCUUCAUCAAGAUUACAUUUUUCUUGGGGUACUGGUUUAUGUUGAUGAUCUAAUCAUAGUAGGCAAUAGCUCUAGCCACUGUGAUUUCUUUAAGGGAUAUCUGGAUCAAUGUUUCCGUAUUAAGGACUUGGGACCUCUGAAGUACUUCCUUGAUAUUGAAGUUACUAUAAUGAAUUCUAGUAUUUUCCUCAGUCAACGGAAAUAUGUACUCGAUAUCUUGACCGAAUGUGGAAUGUUGGCAUCGCGACCAUCAUCUUUCCCCAUGGAGCAGCAUCAUCGACUUUCCACGAGUUUUAAUGACUUACUAUCGGAUCCUGGCAAGAGCCUCGCCAGGACCAUUGAGAUGCUGCUAUGCGGGUUCUUCGUUACUUAA